AUGACAGCGCGUGUAAGCGCCAUUACGCUACUAUUUGAUAAUGAAAUGCAAAAUGUUUUAUUAUAUCCUAAUGUAUCGUUAGUGGAGCUACAACAAUGCGUCAUUGCGGGCUUUCCAUCACUGCGCAGUGAUGAUCAUUCAAACAUGCCCAUAGCAGUGCGGCAUGCCUCAAGUGACGUAUUGUAUCCAUUCUCAUUUCUUUGUUAUUCUCCUGAAUUGUUUGACAAUGGAGUGUAUGAAUUAGUACUUGAAAAAGGCUCAUCUUUCGAAAGCAGCAAACUAUUGAGACAUCAACCUUCUUCUCACAGUCGUAAACGUGGGGUUCGAACCCGCAUGGUUUCUGACUUCCAGGUAGUCCCAAGGUGUACCGGCACAAAACUUGCACACAAUAAAGACGUUUCAACCACCUCACAAGACGAUGAAGAUGAGAAGAAUCGACACUUAAAAGCAGCUGCAAUGUCCACGGAAAAUGAACUGGAAAUUGAUCUCUCGGAUUUUGAGUUACCGCAACUUGUGAAUGUGUUUAUGCAAGCCUGUCCUAUAGGCACGUUGGAUGAGAUGACAUUUACUCGCUGCUUGGAGAAGAUAUUGUCGCAAUCGGGACGAUAUGAUCCACAGGCGAGGAAAAUGUUUACGAGGUUGUUUAAUAUGUUUGAAGUGCAAAGUCAACAGAAGAAUAUUGUAGAUGUGGCGGACUUCCUAGGAGGUGUCUCGGUCUUUGCGUGUGGUGAACGUGGUGAGAAAAUUCGAUUGACCUUUGAUCUUUAUGAUACGGACGGUGAUGGAUUUAUUUCGAAAGACGAGAUGACAAAAUAUUUGACAGCAGUGUUUCUCGUCAUUAGUAAGACAUCACCAGAACUUUUUCAGGAGAACGACGUCAAUCCAGCGGAGUUGGGCAUCAUAACGGCAAGCCAGUGUUUUGAAGAGUCGACAUUGAAUCAGGAAGGAAAGCUGUCGUAUGAAGCGUUCCUAAAAUGGUACUCAAAGCCUGGACCUACCCAUCUUGCUGCUGCUAAAUAUGGCAACAGCGACGCAAAAACAAAGAACCACAUAAACGAAUUCCAGCCAACGGAGGGACUUGACUUAGCCACGCUUUGCGAGGUUACAGGUCUCUCAGCGCUUAGUGCCUCCGAUCUAAUUUCCAUCUUCGGUGCGCUGUCAACGAGUGAUGAAGGCAAGAACGCAGUUCUUACCCGUGCCGAAUUCAAGAGACGUUUUUAUGCCAUUUUGGAGAGAUUGAACCGGGAGCCUACCGGUGCAAUUACAACAUUUUUGGAUCGACUCUUUGAUGCGUUAGACGAGGAUGAAGACGACUCCGUGGACUUUGUGAAGCUGAGUAGCGGACUUUUGGUGAUGUGCGGCGGGUCGAAUGAGGACAAAGUGUUGGCAGGUUUUUCGCAAUUUGACGCCGACAGUGAUGGAUACAUCACCGAGCAGGAGAUGGAAGCGUUUCUGACAUCGGUCUUUAACGUCAUGUACGAAACUUCAACAGUCUCAACGCGGUCAAUCGGAAUUGAUGCUAAAUCUCUUGCACACUUUACAACGAAGCAAGCCUUUGAGGAAGCAGAUGUAAAUUGCGAUGGAAAGCUGUCGCUGGAAGAAUUUCGCUCGUGGUACUGGGCUCAUGGACAAAACUACCAACAGUUACCAACAGGUGUACUUGAACCUGCAGAUCUUCAGUGUCAGCAUGGGAUGCACGACGACCAGGCAGUUAAAGCAACAAGUUUUGUUGCCUCGCUUAGCGGUCUCUGUGAUCGAAGUACCAGUCAUGUUUUUGAGGUUAUUGCAGCGAAAGUAAACGAAGACGGCGUCCUGUCGCGCAAAGCCUUCCUCGCUAUCAUCACCAACCUUGUCAAGGAUCAUGCGGCAACUGCGAAGCUCAAGUUGAGUACUGAGAAUAGGGACCAACUGAAGAAAAUCAUGGAGACAAUUUUCGAUGGGUUUGAUACUGAUCACGAUGGUUUUGUUGAUUUUUGCGAAUUAUCCAGCGGCAUUUCGGUAUUGUGCGGCGGAACGCAGGAAGAGAAAGUUAAGUCUGCAUUUACAUUGUUUGACAUUAAUCAGGACGGAUUUAUCUCCCGCGAUGAGAUGGAAACAUAUCUGGCCUCAGUAUACCGGAUAGUUUUUAUAACAUCUCCUGCGACGAUGCAUCAACUUCAUGGUAUCUCUCCAGAAGAGCUUGCUCAAAUCACUACAGCAGAUGCAUUCACACUUGCUGAUGCCAAUGAAGACGGUCGUUUGAGCUUUGAAGAGUUCACUAACUGGUAUAGCAGUCACAGUAUUCCUCAGGUGCCUUUGCAACCGCACGAAGUAGCCGCAUCGCCCUCCAUUACUAGCACUGUAUCGUUUCCUCAACUCUCGUUAGUGCGUUCAAAAGGAGUGCUUAAUGAAAUGAAGGAACUGACGAACCUUGGCGCGUACGACGUGAACGACAUAUUUAAGCUUUUUCAGACUUCUGCGGAUCGAAACGGCAAUGUGUCUCAGUCAGUCUUUUUUCGCUGCUUCAACAAACUGCUAGCAAAAGAUAGGCAAACCAGCCGAGAUACACAGACACAGACUCAACAGCUUUUGAAGGAACUUUUUGAGCUGUUUGACACCGACAAGGAUGGAAGUGUCGAUGUGCAGGAGCUUGGUGCUGGACUUUCAAUUCUUUGUGGUGGAAGUCAAGCAGACAAAGCCAAAGCGAUGUUCACGCUGUAUGAUGUCAACCGCGACGGCUAUAUAUCUCCUCAUGAAAUGACAUCGUACUUGACAUCUGUGUUUAGAAUAAUGUUUAGGGCAUCACCGGAGCUGUUAUUGAAAACAGGAAUGAUGCCGGAGCAGCUUGCUACAAUCACCACAAGGGAAUGCUUUCUGGCUUUUAACGACAACCGUGACGGGCAACUGAGUUUCGAGGAGUUUAGUGUUUGGUUUGAACAACACAAUUCGUACGCUCACAACCAACGAGCGCAUAUUUCGCACGGCAGUAUGACUUCACCUCGCAGUGGACCUGUCCAUUUAUCUAUGUCGAGCUCAAGUGAACCUACAGCGGCAGGUAUAAUUCCAAUUGAGGUUGCAAAGAAGCUGUCCGGUCUGGAAGGUAUGUCCCCGGCUAUUGUAUCCAAGGUGUUUAGCUCGGCAACCGGUGGUGGUAAGAUAAUCUCUCGACGCGUAUUUGACGAAUGUUUUUACAAACAUAUUUUCUGUAAAACUACGCAAAUGUUAUCCGCACAUGAGAGUACUCGGGUCCCUGAAGUGAUCGAUCGUAUCUUUUCAGCAUUUGAUAUCGAACAAAGAGGGAGUGUUGGUUUUGACGAGCUUAUGAGUGGAUUAUCGAUUCUCUGCGGUACUUCUGCUCGGGAUGAAGAUAUCCUAGCUGCUUUUACCGUGUACGACACAAAUGGAGACGGCGUAAUAUCAGAAGAAGAAAUGACCAACCAUCUCGUAUCGGUAUUCAAGUUACUUUAUGCUCUCGAUCCCACCCGUCAGCAGCAGCUUGUUGUUUCAGCUAACACUUUAGCAGUGGUAACAGUAAGCGAGAUUUUUGAGGUUGCCGAUCUCAAUCGCGAUGGAAAGCUUGACUUUGAAGAGUUUCAAAAAUGGCAUUCAAAACCUGAGCAAACAUCGUUCAAGGAUAUCGUGGCUCCUCUUGAUCUAAAUGAAGUGCGGCAGCUGACUAACCUAGGAAACUUGGAUGUCGUUGAGGUUUUUGGACGAUUUGCGGAGCACGCAGAUAAUGCUGGUAUGCUCAAUCGAGAAUCAUUUGACAAGUGUUUCUUUGAAAUCGUCGAGAUGGCCCAACCGCGCACUCAAAUCGAAAAGCUGCGCGCAAAGAUGGUAGCAAAUCGUCUGUAUGACGUGUUCAAUCGCGAUGGAAAUGGGCAAAUUGAUUUUAGCGAGCUGGCUAGUGGAUUUUCUGUUCUUUGCAAAGGAGCAGGGGAUGCUAAAGUUAAGGCUGCAUUUUGCUUGUAUGAUUACAACGAAGAUGGAUUCAUUUCGCUGGAGGAGAUGAAGCGCUAUCUGACGUCAAUCUUCAAGGUGCUAUAUGAAGUGCAGCCCAAUAUGCGGCAGGAAACCGGCGUAUCAGCUGAGGAACUUGGUACUGUUACCGCAGAACAGGCGUUUUUGGAAGCAGACUCGAACAACAACGGCAAAUUGAGCUACGACGAAUUUUUGGCUUGGUACAAUUCUCCUGCGCAUGCAGGAAUCAGUAGUACCGUGGCGAAAAAUGCUAUUGUGGAUUCGUCACUGCCCUGGAUGCCCCUAAAUGAAAUCAGGGAGCUUACUAAUCUUGCUCAGUACGAGCCUGAUGAAGUGUUUGAGAUUUUUGCAGGCGAAGCGGACGGAGACGGUUUGCUUUCGCGGGAUGCUUUUAAUGAAAGCUUUCGUAAGGUCAUGGAUGGUCCCAAGGCGGUAAAGGCGGCUGAUUUUGAAGCUAACAAGAAGUUGCAAGAGGUUGUUGACAGCCUCUUCGACUUGUUUGACCGAGAUGAUAGUGGGGCUGUGGAUUUUGGAGAGGUUGCUAGUGGGCUGUCGGUGUUAUGCGGUGGUACAAAGGAUCAAAAAGUGGAGACAGCUUUCUCUUUGUUUGACUUCAAUGGUGAUGGAUUUAUCUCUUUAGACGAGAUGACGCGGUACCUCACGUCAGUGUUCCGCGUACUGUUCCAGGUAUCACCAAAUGCUCAAUCUCUUGGCGUUACUCCUGAAGAAUUGGGAGAAGUUACAGCCCAACAGGCUUUUGCUGAAGCUGAUAAAGACCAUGACGGACAACUAACACUGAAGGAAUUUCAGGAUUGGUAUCAGCAACCAGGUGGGAUUGGUGAAGCUGCAAAGAAUGGAGAGCAGUUAUUUAGUUUGUCUGAAGCUCGGCGGCUAACAAAAUUACAAGCAUUUUCGCCUAUGGAAGUUUUUGAAACGCUCGCUGGCUGUGCCAACGAUCACGGAUACGUGUCGCGAGAGGCGUUUGAUGAGUGCUUCCGAAAAAUCAUUUCAACAAAUCAAGGUAUCAAAGCAGAAGAGUACAAGCGGAUCUACCCUAUUCUUAAUCGCCUUUUUGAGCUUUUUGACGUCGACAAGAGUGGUAUGGUUGAGUUUAGCGAGAUUUCGAGCGGAUUGUCAGUAUUUUGUGGUGGCACUUCUGAAGAGAAGAUUCGUGCUGCAUUUGCUUUGUACGAUUACAAUGCCGAUGGUUACAUUUCGAUGGAGGAGAUGACGCAAUAUUUAACUUGUGUUUUCAAGGUUUUGAAGGAAGCAUCACCCGCCAUACUUUCGCACUUAAAUCGCGAGUCCCCGAAGGAGCUAGGUAUGCGUACUGCACAGCAGGCAUUUGAAGAAGCAGAACUGGACCAAGACGGCCGUUUGAGUUUUCCUGAGUUUUGCAAGUGGUAUGCUAGAUCUCACGCUGCGAACAUGGAGCGCCUUAUCCAGAAUAAUAUUCCAGAGUGGUUAUCGUUGCGUGAGGUGCAGCGCCUGACAAACUUGAGCUCAUUUUCGGUCCAGCAGGUGCUGAAUACGUUUGCCAAAUUUGCAUCUGCUGAUGGCACCAUGGACAACGAAACGUUUCGACAAGCAUUUGGGCAUUUUCAAGUCGAGUGUGCAAGUGACAAGUCGAAGGACAGGCUGCGAUUGUUAGUGGAUCGACUUUUUGCCCUGUUUGACAAGGGUAAUAAUGGACUGGUGAACAUUAAUGAGCUUGCUAGCGGGCUGUCAGUGCUUUGCAGGGGAAGUCAGGCAGAUAAAGUGCGCGCCGCAUUCAAUUUGUAUGACGUCAACCAUGACGGAUCUAUUUCGCUAGGAGAAAUGCGACUCUACCUUACUGCAAUGUUUAAGGUACUCUUCGAGGUGAAUCCCAAUAGCGAGACACAUAUGGGUGUAACACCUGAAGAGUUGGGCGAACUCACAGCAGAGCAGGUUUUUGCUGACGCCGACGACGACAAGGAUGGUAAACUUUCAUUUUCCGAAUUUAGCCAGUGGUACAUGCAGCAGAAAACGAUGGCGGAUCUACCGAUGUCCAUUUUCGGCGAGCAAGAACAGCAGCAGGUACGAACGAUGCAGGAGCAAGCACCUGAUUGGGUGAGCCUGGAUGUUGUCAAGCAGAUGACCAUCCUAGAAAAGUACACCGCCGACGAAGUGUUUGAAAUCUUUGCUAACCGCUGCUCAGAGGAUGGGACGCUAUCACGUGAGGCUUUUGAGGAGUGUUUUGAGCAGCUUGUGGAUGAACAGUACAAAAACGAUGAGGCCAAUCUGGCACGCUUGCGACUUACCCUAAACAAGCUCUUUAUGCUCUUCGAUGAAGAGCACUACGGCACUGUUGAUUUCUGCGAAUUGUGUAGCGGUCUGUCAGUUCUUUGCGGUAGUUCUCGGGAAGAAAAAGUUCGAGCUGCAUUUUCGCUUUUUGAUCUCAACCAAGAUGGAUUCAUCUCGUUAGACGAAAUGGUACGCUAUCUGGCGAGUGUUUUUAAGGUACUGUACGAGACCAGUCCGGGAACAAAUGAAAAGCUGGGUGUACAACCGGGGGAGCUGGCUGUAAUUACGGCUGAGCAGUGUUUCUUGGAAGGCAAUCUUAAUGAGGAUGGAAAGCUGAGUUUUGAUGAUUUUGUAACUUGGUACUCCAAAUUGUCCGGGUUUGAGGCGUAUGCAAGUGGUGUGAGUAGCAUUCUUGCGCAACAACAAGACGUUAAACAAGGUACAAAUGGUAACACAAGCGAUAGUCUUGACGAUGGCUCCCUUUCGCAUAAGCACAGUAUACACGGCAACUACCGCGAUGGAUCAUCUUCUGUGUCGCCAAGGAAAACGAUUUUGGAAGCUGAUCAAGGUCCUAAUAUGAGCAACACUAGCACAUUUCCGGUAGGCUUCCCGUACGAUAAAAUUUAUGGCAUGACGGGAUCCAAUGGCGACACCCUGCUCUCACCAAACUCAGCGUCUGCACUGAAUAUGAACAGCUCCAACAUGGAAGAGGUCCGACAACUUUUGAAGCUGGGCACGUAUGAGGUUAAUGACGUGCUUGAGAUAUUUGCGGAGGCUGCACCUUCUGGUAAGCUAACUUUUGCGGCGUUCAAAAAGUGUUUCGAUCACAUUAUUCGGCUGGCAGGAGGACAUGGAUCACAGGAAGAACGUCACAAGGCCGACGUGAUGAUACGCCGACUCUUUCGUGUGUUCGAUACGAACAACAGCAACACGGUCGAUUUUGGUGAGCUUGCUAGCGGUCUCUCAGUGUUAUCUGGAUCUAGUAUGGGCGACAAGGUUCGAGCAGCAUUCCAACUGUACGAUGUAAACGGUAGCGGGUAUAUCACUUAUGAAGAGAUGAUCAGCUACCUGACCUCAGUUUUUAAAGUUAUGUACGAGACGACUGAUAGUACGAAGAGUAAGAUGGGCGUAUCACCAGAAGAACUUGCUUGCGCAACAGCCGGACAGUGCUUCAAGGAGGCGGACCUGAAUGGAGACAACAAGCUCAGCUUUGAAGAGUUUAAGAAGUGGUGCACUUCGGGCUCUGAAGAAACCGUUGACAUUAAAUAA